AUGGCUACACCCCGAUUCAAAUUCAUCAACAAGCUUAAAGGCCAUCGCGUCCUGAUCUUCGGCAGCACGUCCGGCAUCGGCUACGCCGUAGCUGAGGCGUGCAUCGAGCAUGGCUGCACUGUCAUUCUCGCCGGGUCGAACCCUCGCAAUCUUGCUGACACUAUCCUCCGCUUGAGGACCUCAUACCAAAAUCUUGACGCGUUCCGGAUCACUGCCCAUGCUUGUGACCUGUCCAACAAAGAUGCGCUCGAGUCAAAUAUUCAAAAGCUCUUGUCAGCUGUCACUCUCAGAGCAAUGUACAAGAUCAAUCAUGUCGUUUUCACGGCCGGCGAUGCCCGCUCUUUGAAUUCACUAUCGGAAGUGACCGUGGAGCAGUUUGAGAAGAAUCAGGUCGUCCGCACCAUCGCUCCGGUCAUCAUCGCGAAGCAUCUCGCCCCGUAUAUGGAGCAGAGCCCUGAUAGCAGCUAUGCCCUCACCGGAGACUUCCUUUUCUCGAAACCGCCACCCGGCUUCGGUCUUUACGCGGCGACUGGGAUUGAAGGGCUGGCGAGAGGCCUUGCUGUCGAUAUGGCACCUAUCAGGGUGAACCUGGUUGCGCCAGGAGUCAUCAAGACGGAGGCCCUGAAAAACGUACCAGAGCAAGCUCUUGAGGCUCUUGCCAAGGAAACAACGAUCCAGAGGCUGGGCCGACCAGAGGAUAUUGCUGAAGCGUAUUUAUAUUUGAUGAAAGAUGGAUUUGCGACUGGUAGCAUCAUCCAAUCAAAUGGUGGACGGCUACUGGUAUAG